UAUCAAAGGCUGCCCCUCGCGCUGCACGCCCUCUCAGGCUCUCCUACUCCCCUUUCCUUCUCCCUUCGCGAAUCCUCUGGAAUCCGCGGCUUCCGGUAUGCUUCGCUUCCAGCUCCAACUAACCUUCCAUUCCAUCUUGUUUGGCUCCCAAGCAAAUCGAUUGCUUCUCCCCGAAGCUUUCGUCCGACACCUUCCUUCUUCUCUGUGCGCUUAUAAGGCUGCUAUUUUACCCUUCAUAUUUGAAAAAAACCCCACGAUUUCAGUAAAUUCUUUUCCGUUUUUUAAUUCUUUCUUUUAUCCUUGCGGAGAUCUACCAGGCAGUUAUGCAUAUGCCAAAGUCUAUGAGAAGAGUUCUGAAGCCAUGACACACAGAGAAACAGCAUGAGCUUGCUUGUGUGUUACAUAGUUAAUCUCUUGAUGCAAGAUUUGUGAAUCAUGAUGCUCAAUUUGUCCAUAUCAAUUAAUAUGCAUUAACAAAAACAAGAGUCUUACAGACUACAAUCUUUCUUCGUCCAUAUUCUGAAGAUAGCCUUGGUUUGGUGAAAGUAGUGGGCAGGGAAUGUUCAGUUAUAUGUCUGCAGUUUGCCUACCACGAUCCAAUUAUUGUCGUAUAUACUCCAGCCAAUUGCGGCAGAGAUAUGCAGGUGUGACCAUACGCAAGUCCUUUUAUUCUUCUUCUGUUGGUUCUCAAGCAUCUAAGGAUUGUUCCGUAAGUUUUGUUUCUAGCAAGCACAAAGGAAAUUUUAAGCUGCUAACUAUGGCCACGAUUGUGAGUUUAAUGGGGCGCCAGUUGCGUCUCGGAUUGGUUGCAAAGCGCCGAAGCAUGAGCUUGAGGCUCUCUCUCCCAGCACGUGACAAAUUUUCUAGAAUCAGUUGGAAUGCAAGACAUUUUUCAUGGAAAGCAGGAGGCACUUCUGUUGGACUCUGUUUAAUCUUUUCAACUUCUGGACCGGCGCAUGCUGAAGCUUCCAGGGGAAAAAUUGAUGAGAGUAAUGAGUGCAGUUCACCAUCUUUCAACACUUCUCAUGGAAAGAAAGUUUACACUGAUUAUUCCAUAACUGGAAUACCAGGAGAUGGAAGAUGCUUGUUCCGCUCUGUGGCUCAUGGGGCCUGCAUCCGCUCAGGCAAACCUUUGCCUGAUGAAGACCUUCAGAGAGAGCUGGCAGAUGAGUUGAGGGCUAGGGUUGCAGAUGAAUUUGUUAAGAGACGGGCAGAGACGGAAUGGUUUAUUGAGGGUGAUUUUAACAGUUACGUCUCCCAGAUUAGAAUGCCACAUGUAUGGGGAGGUGAGCCAGAGUUAUUCAUGGCCUCGCAUGUUCUCCAGAUGCCAAUUACGGUUUAUAUGCUUGAUGACGAUGCGGGUGGUCUGAUUGCAAUUGCCGAGUACGGCCAAGAAUAUGGAAAGGAGGAUCCAAUUCGAGUUCUUUAUUAUGGUUUUGGCCACUAUGAUGCCUUGCAGAUGCCUGGAAAGAAGGGUCCAAAAUCAAGGCUAUAGCAUAGAAAAAGGAAGGGGAGGGGGUGAUUGCAAUUGCCGAGUACGGCCAAGAAUAUGGAAAGGAGGAUCCAAUUGGAGUUCUUUAUUAUGGUUUUGGCCACUAUGAUGCCUUGCAGAUGCCUGGAAAGAAGGGUCCAAAAUCAAGGCUAUAGCAUAGAAAAAGGAAGGGGGGGGGGGGGGGGGGGGGGGAGGGGUUGGUUGGAUGGUGAGUUAAUACAUACUGGCUUUGGAUAUUCAUUCCAUAUUCCAUUAAUAUUUGAACACUCUCAAAGUUGCAGAUAUAACAGCAUCAAUGGAAUAUGAUUUACAAGCAAAGUGGAUUCUGUAAUAAACUGCAUACUAUACGAUGACUA